AUGAAAGCUAAGAAACGAAGUUUCCUCACAAAAAAAGAAGCAACUAAGAUUGGUGAGUUUCUUGGCCUUAAUGAAUCAGAAAUUGAAGGAGCUCUACAAUAUUUGCACAAUGUCACUAUCAUCCUUCAUUUCCAUGAAAUUCUACCAAAUAUAAUAUUUGUCGAUCCUGAACCAAUUCUUGAUGUCCUCUCACAUUUAAUAGCUAUCACAUAUGUCCACAGAAGUGACAGCACUAAACUAUUAAGUUCACAACCUUCGUGGAAUGAAACAUAUUAUCUCACAAAAUUAGGCCUUUUUAAAGAAGGUCUUUUAAAAGUUAUUGGUAAACAAAUUUUCAAUGAUGAUUUUCAACCUUCUCACAUGAUCACUCUUCUGAAAUACCUCCACAUCAUAGUUGAAGUUAAAAACAGAAAAGAAGGAGAUUAUUUCUUUCCGUGUGCAUUACCAUCUUACGAUAAGCUCAAUCCUGCCCCAACAGAAAUACAACCACUUCUCAUAGCAUGGGAGAUCGAUGAUAGUGGAACAAAAACACUAGCCAUUCCUCAAGGAUUAUUUCCUUUGAUUAUUGUACACCUUUUAGAGAAAAAAAAAGAUGAAGCAUACGUAGAUUUCAGUCCAGAUCCAAGUUUGGACAAUAAAUUCUACAGAUACCAUGAUGCCAUGUCACUCUGUGUUUAUGAAAAAUACUACAUAGAUAUCAUCAAUCGCCUUACACAUAUAGAAAUACAUUUUCGUGGCUAUAAAAAAUCUUGUCUUGAAAUUCGCAAAGUAGUCAUAAAAGUUCGUGAUUUAGUGAGAAAAGUUAUCAAAAGAAGCAGCAAGAUUCUCAAAGUUGAGAAAGAUAAUAUUUUUGCUUUCAAAUGCCCCAAAAAUGAAAACUGCAUUGUCCAGGAAAAAGACAACUCUAAAGACAAAUCUUCUACAGGCACCAGGUGUCAUAAUUGUCACCCACAAUGUGACGUACUAGAUAUAGAUGAUAGCUAUAGAUGUUGGUUUAGUGAUCAAUUGCCCAGUCCAAUUACAGUGCCUACUGCUGAAGUCAAAAACUCAUGUAUAGAAAAAUCUAAUAAACAAGAUCAGCCCAUUGAGCUCCAUAGCAAUGAUAAUAGCAACUCAACAGACCACAGUUGCCACAUGAGAAGUUUUGCUAAACACCUCAAGAAUUUUGGUUGUUACAUGUUCAUAAUUUUUUUUGCUAUUUUGGCUGGAGUGGCUAUAAAACAUUUCAUGGUGGAACCGCAAAAUACUAAUGAUGUUGAAAAGUUCUUGACUAUCAUGACUCAUAAAGCUACUGGUGCUUCAUCAGCACAGCCUCAUCAAGACAGUACCACUGUUAAUCCUGAUAGUGAUGGAGCUGGACAACUAA